GAUUUUUCCUGUAUGAUUUGGCCUGAUGGUGAAAGCUCUCAUUUUAAAACUGCGGUGGAAACCCCAUUGGGAGUGAAACGCAACAGGAAAACUGAAGACUUUAACCCACUCCUGACUUCUGCAGCCUCAGGCGGCCCAUGGACACAUUCCAUAUUCGCGUUUAUACCCUCAUGGACCAAGAAGACCUUAUUCAAAAGAGAGUCUUCUCCAGCACACCGCCUGUACGGAGACAUUUCAAGAGAAGUUCAAGGCACUUCUGAGAAUGGAGUCGUUUUUCAGAAAUGUGCAGUGGUGUCUGGGCAGAGUGGACCACAGACCGCUCACGUGUGGCUUCUCGUGAACAACACCAGGUCGCCCUCGGCCGCCAACCUCUCAGAGCUGGUGCUGCUGGACAACAUCACCGGCCUCACCGUGAGGGAGUCCGCUGGAAAUAAGACGUCAGAAGGAUUCCAGGCUUUCAGAAAGAAGUUUCUGCAAGCUGGAGAUGCCUUCACUGUCAGCUACACAGCCUCGCUGGCUGCUGGAGACGUCAGGGACGGGGAGACCCUCCUGCUCCCAGCCCACCUCACAUUCCAUAGCUCAUCACAGAACAGAACACAGCUCAAAGCCCUUUUCACCAUCACAGCAGAGGAAAAGAUAACGGUUCUACCAAACCAUGGUCUCCACGCAGCUGGAUUUUUCAUUGCCUUCAUGAUCUCUCUUGUGCUGACCUGGAUCACACUUUUCUUCAUGGUUCGAUAUCAAUGUUUAAAGGGAAACAUGCUUAGCAGACAUCGGGUUCAGCACCACGAGAGCAAGCUGGAGCACUCCCAGUUCACCUCGGCCGAUGGCGUGAAUGAGGAUCUUGCUCUCAGUGACCAGAUGGUAGACAUUCUGUCUUCUGAGGACCCCGGGAGCAUGCUGCAAGCCUUAGAAGACUUGGAGAUUGCAACCUUAAAUCAGGCUGACUCAGAUCUGGAGGCUUGUCGAACCCAAAUCAGCAAAGACAUCAUUGCCCUUCUACUGAAAAAUCUGACCAGCAGUGGCCAUCUCUCCCCACAAGUAGAGAGGAGAAUGGGUGCUGUUUUCAAGAAGCAAUGUCUGUUGCUGGAAAAUGAAAUACAAGAGGAGUAUGAUCGGAAGAUGGUCGCAUUGACAGCUGAAUGUGACCUGGAAUCAAGAAAGAAGACAGAAAGUCAGUACCAGAGGGAGAUGGUGGCAAUGGAAGAAGUAGAGGAGCUGCUGAAACGUGUUAGCGAGAGGUCGGCAGCUGAGUGCAGCAGCCUCCUGCGGACCCUGCACGGCCUGGAGCAGGAGCACCUGCGCAGAGCUCUGGCCCUGCAGCAAGAGGAAGACUUUGCCAAGGCACACAGGCAGCUGGCCGUCUUCCAGAGAAACGAGCUGCACAGGAUCUUUUUCACCCAGAUAAAAAGUGCCCUUUUCAAAGGGGAACUGAAGCCAGAGGUGGCUAAAAUGCUUCUGCAAGCUUAUUCGGAAAUACAGUACUGGCUUAGCCACCCACCCUCCUACUCCUUCUUCAGAGUAAAGAUUUUUCUGAUUCUAACAAACACUAACAUGGAAGUGAACAUUCAGCCACAACAGCCAAGCUCCAGAGCUGGGUACUUGGAUGAAGAUCAGAUGGAAAUGCUAUUGGAGCGGGCUCAGACGGAAGUCUUCUCUAUAAAACAGAAGUUGGAUAAUGACUUAAAGCAGGAAAAGAAAAAGCUUCAGCAAAAACUGAUAACUAAGAGAAGACGAGAAAUGCUGCAAAAGCACAAGGAGCAGCGGAGGGAGCAACUGUCCAUUGGAGAGGCCUUCCGAGUGGCCGAGAAUGCCAGCCAGUACCUUGGCCAGUGGCGGAGUGUGAUGGCGGACCACAGUGCCGCCCUGGAGGAGCUGCAGGAGCGGCUGGAUCAAGCCGCCCUGGAUGACCUCCGGGCCCUGACCCUCUCUCUGUCUGAGAAAGCUACUGAGGAACUGCGGCGGCUGCAGAACUCGGCCAUGACCCAGGAGCUGCUCAAGCACAGUGUGCCCUGGCUCUUCCUUCAGCAGAUCCUGGAGGAACACAGCAAGGAGAUGUCCGCACGGGCAGAGCAGCUCGAGGGCGAGGAGCGAGGCAGGGGCCAGGAAGGCGUCCAGAGCGUGCGGCAGAGGCUGAAGGACGAUGCACUGGAGGCCUCGGCAGAGGAGCAGGCGGAGCUGAGGCACUGGGAGCACUCCGUCUUCAUGAAGCUCUGCUCCACAGCCGCCUCCCUGUCUGAGGAGGAGCUGCUCAGAAUGAGGCAGGAGGCCGAGGGCUGCUUCGCUCAGAUGGACCGGAGCUUGGCCCUCCCCAAAAUCCGGGCCCGGGUGUUGCUGCAGCGAUUCCAGACUGCGUGUCGAGAAGCCGAGUUCCUGAGACUGGACCAGGCCCUGGCUGCCCCCGAACUGCAGCAACAGUCCAAAGGGAGAAAGCAGCGCUCCAAGAGUAAAAGCAGGAUAGAACUUUUGAAGAAGUGCCUCGAAGAUAAAAUUCGCCUCCUGGAAGAGCAGGCCCCUGAAGAGCUGGUGGAGAAGGUCCGAGGAGAACUGCUCCGGGAGAGAGUGCAGCAGCUCGAGGCCCAGGAGCAGCGGUUCGCCGAGUCCAUCGUGUCCCUGCAGUUCCAGAAGGCAGCCAAGACCACCGAGACACUGUCGGCCUACACCGCCCUCCUCAGCAUCCAGGACCUGCUGCUGGAGGAGCUGAGUGAGUCUGAGACCCUGACCAGGUCAGCCUGCACCCAGAUCCUGGAGUCACACACCCCGGAGCUGCAGGAACUGGAGAGGAAGCUGGAGGAACAGCUGGUACACCAGGAGGCAGCUCAGCAGCAGCGGGCCCUGGCAAGCCAGCAGCAGUGGGAGACUGAGGGACCUGGGCUCCUGAAUGAGCCUGCGGAGAUGAAUUCUGAAGGGCAGGUCCCUGCCAUCCUGCGGCAAGCUCUGAGCAAGGGCCGGAAGAUACUGGAGCACCACCGGCAGAGUUUGAGAGAAGAACAACAGAACAGCGUUGUGCUUGAAGAUUUGCUGGAAAAUAUGGAGACUGAUACCUUUGUGACCCUGUAUGGCCAGGAGCUGAGACUGGCGUCUUACCUCACGAAGCUGGCGAUGGUGCCGGGGGCCACGCUGCACCGGCUCCUGAGCGUGGUCCAGCCUGCAGCCUCACAGCCCGAGCUGCUCGCGGCGCUGGACACGGUCAGCGAGAAGCGUGUGGACCACGCGGCCGCUGUGGAGAGUGGCGGUGGUGGGGAGCAGGCCGACCUGGGCAGGAGGAGGAAACACCAGGGCUGGUGGCAAGCCUUAGAAAGCAAACUGCGAGGAGACCUGAUCAGCAGAGGGCUAGAGAAGGCGCUCUGGGCUCGCAGGAGGAAGGAGAGCAUAUUGAAGAAGACGUGUCUCCCUCUCACAGAGAGGAUGGUAUUCCCUGGAAAAGGAAGUUGGCCCCACCUAUCCCUGGAACCCCUUGGCGAACGGGCCCCUGUGCCCAUCAUAGGGGCAGACACUGUUGACUUAUUAAAUACAGGCGAAAAACUCUUUAUAUUCAGGAGUCCGAAGGAGCCGGAGAUCUCAUUGCACAUUCCUCCCAGAAGAAAGAAGAAGAACUUUCUGAAUGCCAAAAAGGCCAUUUGGGCCUCAGGCAUGGACUAG